AUGACUAACAAAGCUUUGCGUGUAAUCGCUGCCAUAGAUUUUGGGACCACCUUUUCGGGUUUCGCUUAUGCUCAUAUAUCGAGUAAAGAAAUAGUCGUGCACGAGGAAUGGGAUGAUUCAAUUGGACAAUUUAAACAUCCUACAACGUUAAAAUACGACGAUUCAUUGAAUUUGAUAUCUUGGGGAUAUCCCGCAUUAGCUGAAAAACCAAGCAAGAAAAAGAUAUCUUCAGGAAUGAGACCUGCGGAAAGAUUCAAGUUAUGUUUAGGCGAAAUAGGAGAAGAUAUUACAUUUGCUCCUUAUCUACCAGUUGGUCUAGAUUAUGAAACGGCUAUUACAGAUUAUAUUAAAAAAAUGAGCAAUCUAAUAAAAGAUACUUUAAAAACUCGUUGGUCAGAAGUCGAUUUUGAUACUCAAGUUUCGAUUAUUAUGACGAUUCCGGCUGAAUUCGAUUGUAAAGCUAUUCGUACUUUGCGUGAAUGUGCGUUAAAAGCCGAACUAGUUAAAGAUAAGGACACUCCGAAUUUAAAAUUUAUACAAGAACCCGAAGCUGCCGCGAUUCACUGUAUGAAGAGCCUAAAAGAAUUUAAUGUCCGUGCUGGUUCAACAUUUAUGGUGGUAGAUUGUGGCGGUGGUACCGUGGAUUUGACAACUCGGAAACUCUUGCCGGGUAGAAGGCUUUGUGAAAAAACGAUAAGCAAAGGCGGCUAUUGUGGCGGGAUUUUUGUUGAUGAAGAGUUCAUUAAGUUUCUUGGGACCAAAAUCGGUCAAUCGACCAUUAAUUUAAUCAGAGAGAAGCAUUAUAGCCAAUUACAAUAUAUGGUACAAGAAUUCUCUAGACGUGUCAAAAUUCCGUUCACGGGAGAAAGCAAAGAUUUUAAACCAUUUGAUUUGGAUUUGGAAGUGGUAAAGCAAUAUAUAAGGGGUUCCCAUCGCGACGAAUUGGAAGAAAAGGAAUGGGUGGUUGAACUGAAAUUUGAAGACGUUAAAAAAAUGUUUGAUCCGGUGGUAGAAAAGAUUUUAGGUUUAAUUCGUCAACAGCUUGACGAAUACAAUGAUUAUGUUUCGGCUAUAUUAUUGGUCGGUGGAUUCAGCGAGUCUAAAUAUUUGCAGGCCAGAGUCAAACAAGAAUUCAAGCAAAGGGUGAAGAACAUAUCUGUACCUAGGAAUCCAAUAACAGCAAUUGUUAAAGGAGCCGUUCAAUAUGGAUUGAAGAAUGACGUCAUUGUUACUCGUGUAUUGAAAUGGACUUAUGGAACUGACGUUGUCCGCAAAUGGGAACCAGAUGAUCCACCAAAUCAGAGACUUCCCGGUGAUCUUCUUAUCGAAUUUUCAAUAUUGGCAAAACGUGGAGAUGAGGUGGCUGUUGAUGAUGCAGUUCCCAGAGUAUUCCGUCCAGCUUCUAUCUUACAAAGUAGAAUAGGUUUCGAUAUAUUUAUUACUGACAAGGACGACGACGUAAAAUUUUUUGAUACACAUGAUAUCAACUUGCUUGGUAAAUGGGCUAUUGAUAUACCCGUAACAUUUAGUAUAAGACCUAUUUUAUUUAUCUUAUGCUUUGGUGAACUUGAAAUUGAUGCUUCUGCUUUUAAUUUUGAAACCGGUGAAACUUAUAAUACGACAUUUGAAUUAGAUAUCUAA